CAGCAAUGAAAUUUUAAUUAAUGUGGGUGGGCUGAGAACACAACGAUUGUUUAUCAUAGACAAUUUAUUUUCCAGUGCUAAGUCAACAUAUAAUAGCAAACUUACAACAAUUAUUUAACAUUUUUAAAGGCAUGAAGAAGGGACACUGCGAGAGCUCGAGAGCUCUCUGGGAAAGGAGGCAGAGCUGGAGGGGAGCUAGGGCUGCAGGCUCGUGGCUGGCUCUCCCGGGCUUGGGAAACUUCUUCCUGGCUUUCUUUUGCCUUCUCCCUGCGGGACAGCCUGGAGCUCGCCUAGCCUCGCCAUGACCCAUCUCUACAACCACCACCUACCUCCGCUGGUCAGCCCCUCGGUGUUGUACGUGUACAGCCCCGAGCGCCCGGGGCUGUCCCUGGGCUUUUCUCCUCCAGCUACUCUGGUUGGAGGUGGUCGGGCCGAGCCCCCCCAGAAGCCUCCCUACAGCUACAUCGCCCUCAUCGCCAUGGCCAUCAAAGAUGCCCCAGACCAGAGGGUCACGCUCAACGGCAUCUACCAGUUCAUCAUGGACCGCUUUCCCUUCUACCACGACAACAAGCAGGGCUGGCAAAACAGCAUCCGCCACAAUUUAUCCCUCAAUGACUGCUUCGUCAAGGUGCCCCGGGAGAAGGGCCGCCCGGGCAAAGGCAGCUAUUGGACUCUGGACCCCCGCUGCCUGGACAUGUUUGAACACGGCAACUAUAGACGGCGGAAGAGGAAGCCCAAGCCCGGUCCCGGAGUCCAGGAGGCCAAGAGGGGGAAAGGGGAGGUGGAGGAGACUGGAGCCCAGGUGGGCCGCAGAAUCAGGCUGGAGGAAAGGGAAGAAAGUCCUGUAGCAGCUGGGGGAGGAGGGGAGAGA